AUGGAAGAAGUGACCACACACAAUAUUCCAAGGCCAAGAAUUGUAGCGGCGUGUGCGAGGGUGCCCCGUGAUCCGCCUCCUAUCAUGAAUAUUAGUCCAGAGAUAUUGGAACCUGACCAGGAAGAUACACGUAGUUGGAUCAUCUACAAGGUUCCCAAUAAGCUUCGGGAGAUACGCCCAGCAGCCUACACUCCGCAAAUAGUGUCAAUUGGGCCUUUUCACCAUGGCAAAUCAAACUUGAAGGCCAUGGAACAUUAUAAAGACAAGUAUGCGAAAGAAUUCCUGGAGCAAUCCUUCUGUAAUCAUAUUAAGCAGGAGGAUUUGAUGAACGAAUUGAAGAAAGAAGAUGGGAAACUGGUAGAAAGAAUCAAGCGCAGCUAUGAAGAAGAUAGCUUUGAGCCUGAGAAUGAGAAAAAGUACUGGACGGACAAGAUCCCCAUGAUUUUGCAAGAUGCCUUCUUCAUCUUUGAGCUCUUCUUUAGAAACCACGAAACUCAGCCUCCCGAUAGAGAAGACGAUGAGAAGAAGAAGCAAAGGGCAGAAAAAAUAAAAAAAAUAUUCAGGGACUACAUAUGGAGAAGUCCAUGGGUUAAGGCAGCUAUAAAACAGGACUUGAUUUUGCUGGAAAAUCAGCUCCCCUUUUUUGUUCUCACUCAUCUGUUCGAUUCCAUCUUCAAACAUCGGUCCAAAGACAUUGAUGGUAUCCCUGAUUAUCUACCAGAACUGAAGAAUAAUGAAGGUGAACCGUGCGAUUUCUUAAUACAAGUUACCUAUGAAUUCUUCAUUGAUUAUUACAGGUUUGGAAAACCUUGCCCCAAGGAGAGUUCCGAAAAUAAACCUCUGUUCAAGUACUCCGGGCAGGAAAAGAAACAAUUGGUGAGUGAAAUGAAACAUAUCAAACAUUUCACCGAUUUGAUUAGAAAGUUUAUGUGCGACGAAACAGUCGAGUAUCCCAAGAGUUCUGAAGCUUUGACCCACUGUCUCUACUCUGCAAAGCAACUGGAUAAUGCAGGGGUGAUGUUUGGGCGUCCAAAGGAUGCUACAUAUUUGGCUAGCAUAAACACUUGGCCUGAUGUUAAGGAUGAUGAUAAGUGCUAUCAGUGGUGGAAUGGCCGCGGUUGCUGUUGGUUGAAUGGUUGCUGUUGGAUUAAUUGUUUGCAAUUGAAAAUACCCCAACUGAAGGUCCAAGACAACACAGAGUGCAUUUUCAGAAACGUCAUGGCGUUGGAGCAAUUUGUCUAUCCAGAUGAGCCUCGUAUCUGCAAUUACAUUUUUCUGCUGGAUCAACUAAUCGACACUGUUGAAGAUGUGGAUUUGCUGGUUGACAAGAGAAUCAUUGAGAAUUGGCUUGGCACCAACAAGGCCGUGGCUGCCUUGGUUAACAAACUCUGCGACCAUAUUGUGACACCGCAUUUCUUGUAUACUGAUAUCUGUGACAAACUUAACAAGCAUCAAACCAAAAGAUUGAAUGUUGCCAGGUCAACCCUCAAGAGGGUUUACUUCAAGGAUAUUUGGACUGGCAGUGGAACUGUUGUUGGGCUUGUUUUCCUUGUAUUCUCCCAUCAAGAAUCUCUUCUUUGUAUGAGGUAA